AUGUGGAAACUUCCUACAUCCCGGAGGUUUUGGGCACUCAUCAUUGCCAUCUCGAUCCUCGUUAUAAUUUUCUGGCAGCAUAUCUUCUUACUGGCGAGGAUUUUGUUGGUCUAUCCACUCUGGUCAACAUACUCAUCAAGUCUCUCACUCAGUAUUGGCAAGGACGGCUUAGAUCCGACGUUUGAAAAAUAUCCAGUUGAACAAUGGAGUGUCAAAUGGCCUCCUCGAUCCGCUAACGGCAGUUGGCCUGCCCCGGAUUCCAGUCUGUUACGGCUCAGUGAUGGAAGCUUGGCAAGAUUACCCGAUGAAAGAUACGGCGGUGGUGUCAGUUAUUCUGAGCCUGAUGAACUCGACUUAGUACCCCCGAUUCUCCAUCACAUUCUUCUAGGCAUGGACCGCCGUCUGAUGCCCAAAACUUGGACGGCCAGUCGGAAUAGCUGUCUCGCACUUCAUCCCGAAUCAGCUAACUUCACCCACCAUUUCUGGGACGAUCAAUCAGCGGAAGAAUUCAUGCGGAAACAUUACUCAUUCUUUCUACGCGACUUUCUUGAUUACCGGCACACAAUCCAACGCGCAGACGCGCUAAGAUAUUUUGUUUUACACCACUACGGCGGGAUUUUCUUGGAUAUGGAUCUCGAGUGUCGACGCUCGCUCGGACCACUUCGACGGUUUCCGAUCGUCAACAUCAAUGCCUCCCCCGUCGGCGUCUCGAACGGAUUCAUGAUGGCCCAGGCGAAACACCCUUUCCUCGAACAACUGAUCAAGAGUCUCAAAUACUACGAUCACACCUGGUUCGGAGUCCCCUAUUUCGAUAUCAUGCUGUCCACUGGCCCCAUGUUUCUAUCAACCGAACAUCUCCAUUUUCCUGCCGAUCAUCGCUCAACUCAACUUCGGGUCCUUGCUGAACGGCAGCAUCGGCUAAACGGGAGGGUUGCCACCCCGCUCUUCCGACACUUGGGCGCAUCUUCAUGGCAUCAAGGCGAUGCCAAGUUGUUCCUUAAGAUUCGUGUAAUGGUCUAUCAACCGUUCUUCAGUUUGAUGCUGUUCUGUGGAUUUAUCGGUGGAAGUGUUGGUUGGAUGGUAUGGAAGAAACAAAUAGCCAAGCCGGGGGUUGAUCGAAGCUGGUCUCAUUCAUGUCAAAGUAGUGAAGUCCGACGAUUCUCCGCCGGUCGAUUGAUACUAUGGAGAUUUGGUCUUGGAAGCAGACGGGGACACCGGAGGACACCAGAAGAAUAUGAAAGAAUCGAGAUGGAUUUAGAGUCUCCUCUGAUUGGCGACCGGAGGCUGUCACCGAUCCUUGAGGUCGAAGAAGAGGUCGAAGCCAAAUUCGACCAUGAGCUCGAACACAAACAUUCGAUUCUGAAUUUCGGACGGAAACGGCCGGCAUACAAUACCCUCAAAUCGCCUACAACUCCGAGCGUGUUCAUGGAUGAAACCGAGAGCCUAUAUCAGAUUGGUAACGGAAGUAGUAGUGGGGGAAGCUGUCCCAGUACGAGCAGUGAUCCGGAGGAUGACGGGUCUUCCGCAGAGGCCGUCGUAGUUCUCAUCGAUCGGCAUCCAUCCAAAUGGAGAAAUUAA